CGAGAAAAAAAUAUUCCACGUAAUAGGCUCCAUCAGCCACUUCCCGGGAGGGACUGUUAGCAGGACAUCGCUAGUUAAUUUGACGAGAAAUAAGGGAAUAUCGUCGCAACCGCCUUUACCAUUCGGGCCGUAUUGGCGGAGGAGCGUGGGGAUAAUACGGGACACAUUUGUGAGCGAAAGGGAAGAAAAUGGAGUUGGAGGACGGAGUUGUGUACCAGGACGACCCGGGGACAACGGCUAUGAUGUCGGAAAGGGUCUCGGGCCUGGCUAACUCCAUUUACCGUGAAUUUGAAAGGCUGAUUGGGAAAUAUGACGAAGACGUCGUGAAAGAGCUCAUGCCGCUCGUAGUUGCGGUGCUGGAGAAUCUAGAUUCUGUUUUCGCGGAGAAUCAAGAGCACGAAGUCGAACUGGAACUGCUUAAGGAGGACAACGAACAGCUCAUCACCCAGUACGAGCGGGAGAAAGCACUGAGGAAGCAUGCAGAGGAGAAGUUCAUGGAGUUCGAGGACAGCUUGGAGCAGGAGAAGAAGGACCUCCAGAAGAACGUGGAGAAGAUGGGCUCUCAGUCUCGCCAGCUGGAGCUGAAGGUCAAGAACUAUGUGGACCAGAUCAGCCGAUUAGAGGAGCGUGAGGCCGAUUUGAAGAAGGAGUUCAACUCACUCCAUCAACGUCACACAGAGAUGAUCCAUAACUACAUGGAACACGUGGAGCGCAUCAAACUCCAGCAGAUUGGAGGAGACGCGUCGGACACAGGAACACUGGGAAGAGUUCGCAGGAAAGAGCGCCCUGUGUCUUUAGGGAUCUUCCCUCCGUCAGGCGUGAACACCGCCCUCACCCCGGAGAUGCUGGUUAGGGGGGAGACGCCCAACAUGGAGGGCUGGAGGUUCAACGACCCCACCCAGCCACGCUCCAACACCAGCCUCAAGCAGCUUGAGUCGGACGACUCCCAAAAGCGGGAGAGUAAGAGGGCGCAGGAGUCUUGGGGGAAUUCGCUGGCUGAGGACUGCAAGGAAGAGCUGUCAGACCUGACCCCCAUGUCCACCACGGCAUCUGAGCUCGGGGACAACUCGGACAGGAACAGCAAAAACAUGGAAGUGCAGGCUGCACCCGGGACCAAGACCGUGUCAGUCGGUCUGGCUGAUAAUGAGGACAAGUCAGAUGUGCAGGCCAUCAUUGAGUCCACUCCGGAGCUGGACAUGGACCUGAGUGGCUACAAGGGAGCCAGCACCCCGACCAAAGGGAUUGAGAACAUGGCGUUUGAUCGCAACACAGACUCCCUGUUUGAGGAGCUGUCCUCGGCCGGAACCGGCCUCAUCGGGGACGUAGACGAGGGAGCUGAUCUGUUAGGUAUGGGUCGGGAAGUAGAAAAUCUUAUCCAGGAAAACACGCAACUGUUGGAGACAAAAAAUGCCCUGAACGUGGUGAAGAACGACCUCAUCGUGCGCGUGGACGAGCUGGCGUGCGAGAAGGAGGUGCUGCAGGGGGAGCUGGAGGCGGUGCUGGAGGCCAAGAGCAAACUGGAGGAGAAGACCAAGGAGCUGGAGGAGGAGAUCAAGAAGUUGCGUCUAGAGACUGAGGAAACUAAAAAGAAAAUGACUGAUGAGGAUGAGGACUGGGAUGUGCAGAACGAUGUGCCGACGGCCCAGAGGAAGCGCUUCACACGUGUGGAGAUGGCCCGCGUGCUGAUGGAGAGGAACCAGUACAAGGAGAGACUCAUGGAACUGCAGGAGGCCGUCAGGUGGACAGAGAUGAUCAGGGCCUCACGAGGUAACCCAGACACCGGUGAGAAGAAGAAGUCCAGUAUCUGGCAGUUUUUCAGUCGUCUGUUCAGUUCGUCGGGCUCCAGUAACAGUGUGGCCCUGAGGAAGACUCCGGAGCUGGGCUCCAAUGUGAAGUACAACGCCCCGGGCACCACCAUGAGGAAGAGCAGCACCUUCUCCCAGUUCCCCACCGAGAAAUCCAAAGCCUUCGACUUCCUCAGCGACGGACUGGACCCGUGCGCCUCCCCGUCUCGGCGGGAGAUGAAGCGCUCCCAGUACCGCGAGGUGAAGGCCCAUGUUCAGAAGGAGGACGGACGACUCCAGGCCCACGGAUGGAGCCUCCCUAACAAGACAAAGGCGGUGAAUGGAGGACAGCUGGAGAAUAAGAACCAGAACCUGCCUGUUCCCGUCUACCUCAAACCCCUCGAGCUGAAGGACACAGCCAUGAAGGUGUGGUGUGCUGCUGGAGUGAACCUCUCUGGGGGAAAGCUGCGGGAAGGGAGCCCUCUGCUGUCGGAGAGUGGCACUGCGGAGUCUGAGCAGAGGAAAGGGUCCCAGUGCAGUCUGGACCAGCUGGAGCAGCAGUCACAGGGUGAGCAGGAGUGCCAGGCUGAGAUGUCCAGUCACGUGUGGCUCUGCACCAGCACCAACUCGGCCACUAAGGUGCUGAUCAUGGAUGCCAGCCAGCCCAACACACCGCUCGACAGCUUUUACGUCUGCAACUCCCAUGUACUCUGCAUAGCCAGCGUCCCAGGUGUGAUGGACUCUGACAACCCUGCGGGCGAGGAGGUUCCCCAGGACCUGGAGGCUGGCCAGGGGCAGGGAGAGGGCUCCCUGUCGGCCUCGCUGGGCUCCGGGGGCUCUGGAGGCAGUGACGGGGCCCUGAGCGGCACCAUGGCCGUGGGCUGCUCUGCAGACGGGCCAGCAGGUGGCGCCCUCUCCAGCUCCAGGAGGGAGUCACCAGCAGAACACAGCCCCAGAGGGCUAUCCAGGGAGGCCAGUCCUGACGAGGACGGGGUGGCCACGGCAGAGGAGGCUAUAGAAGCUACAGAGGAGGACGAGGGAGGCCACGCCAGCGACAUGCCCAGCCAGCCUGGCAUCUACACCGAGCACGUCUUCACAGACCCCCUGGGCGCCGGGCCCAACGAGACCAACUCUGACACGGACGCACGCGCCAGGGAGGUGCUGCAGGAGGCAGACGGCUUCUCCCCAGACUGCAGUCAGCAGGACUCCUCCUCAGACGACGGCACGCGCAUGAGCAGCACCAUGCCCACCAUGUGGCUCGGUUCCCAGAACGGAUGUUUGUAUGUUCACUCUGCGGUUGCUCGCUGGAGGAAGUGCCUUCACGCCGUCAAGCUGAAAGACUCCAUCUUAAACAUUGUGCAUGUGAAGGGCCGUGUGCUGGUCGCCCUUUCCGAUGGGACCCUGGCCAUCUUCCACAGAGGCCAAGACUGCCAGUGGGAUCUGACUAACUACCACCUGCUGGAUCUGGGCCGGCCGCACCACUCCAUCCGCUGCAUGACCGUGGUGCACGACAAGGUGUGGUGUGGAUACCGCAACAAGAUCUACAUCAUCCAGCCCAAGGCCAUGAGGAUAGAGAAAUCGUUCGAUGCCCACCCGCGUAAGGAGAGCCAGGUGCGGCAGCUGGCGUGGGUGGGGGACGGCAUCUGGGUCUCCAUCCGGCUGGACUCCACGCUGCGCCUCUUCCAUGCCCACACCUUCCAGCACCUGCAGGACGUGGACAUCGAACCCUACGUCAGCAAGAUGCUGGGUACGGGUCGACUGGGCUUCUCCUUUGUGAGGAUCACAGCUCUCAUGGUGUCCUGCAGCCGGCUCUGGGUGGGCACAGGAAAUGGAGUCAUCAUCUCCAUCCCCCUCUCAGACGGAAACAAAUCAGCCCAAGGCACCCCCAGCCGGCCUGGUCGCGCAGUGCGUUUCUAUGGUGAUGAGGGUUCCGACAGUGCUUCGCCGGACUCCUUCGUGCCCUACUGUUCCAUGGCCCACGCUCAGCUCUGUUUCCAUGGACACCGAGAUGCUGUCAAGUUCUUUGUGGCGGUGCCAGGUCAGGUCAUGGUCCCAGGCUCGUCAGGUGCAGACAUGGUCCCAGCGGAAAACGAGGGUCACGUGACCGACAGCCAAUCACAACAGCCGCCCUCCACCAUGCUGGUGAUGAGUGGCGGGGAGGGUUACAUCGACUUCAGACAAGGUGACGAGGGAGGGGAGACUGAGGAGCCACUGGAUUCCACGAUGGUGCGAUCGGGCGGCACCUCCAAGGCCGAGCGCAGCCACAUCAUUGUCUGGCAGGUUGCCACUGGUGACGAGUGAAACAGCUGCAUCCCAUCUACACCCUCCUCCUCCAGGCAGCCCUCCAGAUAACCCUCACCCACCCACCCUCAGCCUCGACCUCAACCUCAGCCUCGGGUUUGACAGAGCGCCCUACCCCCUAAAAGCCUGCACGGUCUAAACACAAACAAAACCACACACACACACACACAC